CUAGCUUGAUACUUCUUGCCAAAUCCCCCCCAAUAGAGGUAUACUUUUCUCUAAGUUUCCACUGUUUUUCUCAGCAAUAUCAAUGCAAGGUGUUAUGUGGAAUAUUCAGGUCUCCUCCUGAAUCCUCAAAGACACACGUCCUAAUCUGCCGAUCGUGUGAAAUAAGAUAAAUUAUAACAAAAGACGUUUGAAACAGAGCGAUAUGCAGGUGGUAACAGAAUUGCGGCAAAUGAUGAAUAUGUGGGUUCUAUUGAAGGUAAAAAAAAAAAAAAAAAAAAAAAAAAAUCAAUGACAAGAUAAAUUCGGGCGAAAGAAGGGUUGGUUGUAGAAGCAGGAUGCAAUAAGCGCUGAGCGAGGAGUAGUUUGAAUUCCACGAUCCACAUGGCAGUCUCUAACCCAACGAUAUCUUUGGAGAGCACCGCGUCCAGUCGCUCAAAUUCAGUUCGAGGCUGUUUUGGCAGGCCGGAUGCUUUGGUCGACGGGCGGUCAACCAACGACACCUGCAUCAAAACCAGCAUAGAAAUUACAAGCUCUGUCUCAAAGACUCAGCUUGGGGAGACCACAGGGGGAUAA